AGUUACGUUCCCUUGCUGUACGUAAAGCAGAGCGAAGGAAAAACUUCACACGUCGCAUUUGCUGCUUACCUAAGCGAACGUUUUAAGAUGCGUCACUUUAACACGGUCUCAUCACGAUCCUUGGGACAUGUAAGAAGAUGGGUCACUCGCAGAUUGUUAUCAACACUGAACACUAAGGGAGAGAUCAAGAACGAUUCAAAAUGUGAUCAAGUUAGCAGCUUUAAUGUUCCAAACCCGUACAUUCCAAAUUUCGCAGGUGAAUAUAUCAAACCGCUGCAAUGGAAAAUGUACACUAAAAGUCACAUUCCAGCCAUAUUGAACACGUACUGGCCUCGAGGAGCACAGUCCGUGGACCCUCUGCCAUACCUAGCAGCGGCAUCCAUUCUGCCAAUGCGUACAAACAAUUACGUGGUAACUCAGCUAAUCGACUGGUCUGCCGUACCGGAUGACCCUAUGUUUCAGCUCACCUUUCCACAACCAGGUCAGCAUCGAGAAUUUAGCGCUGGUAGUGUUGUCAGCAAUAAAACAAUUUUAGUUUAAGCCAUCGUCGCGUCAAGCCAAGUUAAUCGUGGUGAGAUUGAUUUGGUCUUGAGCAAGACUCGCAAGCGUAUUUCAACAUAAAGGGGGUACGUUUCUAAAGAAAUUCUGGUGUUACAUCGCUGGAGGGGUAU